UCAGUAAUAGGAUUAUUUAUUGGUGGCGCCUAUAUAACGUACUUAAAACCAGGUGCCAAAACACUAGCUAUAGUUGUGACAGUUGUGGAAGUAUUGGGCAACACCGGUAUGUUUUCGGCUAUAUUCUUGGGCUGCCCGGCCUCGCACUUCGCAGAACUUCCGCCUACUAAUGAGAAUGGCUUGAGUUUUCAAUCAUCGUGCAGUGCAAACUGUGCUUGCACAAUGAAAAGAUUUACGCCUAUCUGUGGUCCCGACAAUAACACCAAUUACUUCUCCCCCUGUUUUGCCGGAUGUCAACCAAACUCAUUGAUUCAGUCAACCGACGGACUAAAUCAAUACUCGAUGUGUGGGUGCAUUAAAGGCCAGGGAAUGGCUACUGAAGCAUUCUUCCCGUACCCACUGGUGUACGGACUGGUAGCGGACGCCUCGUGUAAGCUAUGGGAGUCUAAGUGCGGCAAAAAGGGUAACUGUUGGGUGUAUGACACCGACAAGUUUAGGAUAUAUAUGCACGGACUCACUGUUACCUUAUAUUGUAUGGCUUCUCUAUUUGAUGUAUUUGUGAUUUUUAUGUCGAAGAGAAUCAGGAAUUUAUACGAUGAAGAUGAGGACAGGGAGGCUAAGGAUAUCGAUAAGUAUACUGUUCAAUACGGGUACCCUGGUCUAAUAUGGAUUUUAAUAAUCAUAUUCUCGAUACUGAACUCAAUUCUGUGGAAAUACUUCAGUGACUCGAGUGGUGACGGAGUUUUCGAUGGCCUGCGAUAUAUGGUGCGGACACUGACCGGACAGUCAGUCAAAAGAGACCGAGUGGACAGCUAUGAAAGGCAACUCCAGAUCACUAGA